AUGGGUCAAACACUCUCGGAACCCGUCGUCGACAAGGCAUCUGCCAAGGGUGAGGAUGAGCGCCUGCUUUACGGUGUGUCGGCCAUGCAAGGCUGGCGCAUUAGCAUGGAGGAUGCUCACACCACCAUCCUGGAUCUCUUGAAGCCCGACAGUGAAGAAGCAAAGGCACACUCCUCGAGAUUAUCCUUCUUUGGUGUCUUUGAUGGACAUGGAGGUGACAAGGUGGCACAAUACGCCGGCGAGCACAUUGAUGAUAUCCUCGUGAAGCAGGACACUUUCAAGGCUGGAAACUACGAACAGGCUCUCAAGGACUGCUUUCUGGCUUGCGACCGGGCAAUACUGAGCGACCCCAAGUAUGAGGAAGAGGUUUCUGGCUGCACGGCUUGUGUUGGUCUCAUCACUGAUGACAAGAUCUACAUUGCCAAUGCUGGUGACUCGCGAAGUGUCCUGGGCGUCAAAGGUCGUGCUAAGCCCUUGUCUUUUGACCACAAGCCCCAGAAUGAAGGCGAGAAGGCACGUAUCACUGCCGCUGGUGGCUUCGUCGAUUUUGGUCGUGUCAAUGGUAACCUUGCAUUGUCGCGUGCUAUCGGCGAUUUCGAGUUCAAGAAGAGUGCCGAGCUCGCACCCGAGCAGCAAAUCGUCACGGCUUACCCUGAUGUGGUAGUCCAUGAUUUGAGCGACGACGAUGAGUUCCUGGUCAUUGCCUGCGACGGUAUUUGGGAUUGCCAGUCAUCCCAAGCGGUCGUCGAGUUUGUCCGAAGAGGCGUUGCUGCCAAGCAGGAGCUGGAGAAGAUCUGCGAGAACAUGAUGGACAACUGCUUGGCUUCCAACUCCGAGACAGGUGGUGUCGGAUGCGACAACAUGACCAUGAUUGUGAUCGGCUUCCUCCGAGGCAAGAAAAAGGAUGCCUGGUACGAAGAGGUCGCAACCCGCGUUUCCAAAGGCGACGGCCCGUGCGCUCCCCCCGAAUACGCCGAAUUCCGAGGACCUGGUGUUCACCACAACUUCGAUGAUAGCGACAGUGGUUAUGACGUGGACAUGGACAAGCAGUCGAAGCCUUUUGGUAUUGGUGGGUACAAGGGUCGUAUCAUCUUCCUUGGUGAUGGUACUGAGGUCCUGACAGACUCGGACGAUACCGAGAUGUUUGACAACGCUGAAGAGGACAAGGACCUCGCUAGCCAGGUGUCAAAGUCCUCUUCGGGAGAAGAUGGCGAGGACAGCAGCAACAUCCUCCCCCGAGCCCCUUCCCCGCCAGCCAAGGAGAAGUCGAAUACCGAGCCUGAGUCCAAGACGGAGACUACAACAAGUGAUACCCCUAAAGACGCAGAGAAGAAGACCGAGACCAAGGUGGAGGCUCAGGCCGAUGGAACAGCCGACGAGAAGGAAUAG